UUUCAACGGAAACCCUUGCAGUUGUGAAUAAGAUGCGUGCAGUGAUUUAAGUUUUUGAUAAUGUCGGAAAUUAAAGAAAAGGGAACCCACAGCCAAUAUGACUCUAGCGUUUUGUUGCGGACAUGUGAGAAAGAAGUAACAGAGCCUUUGGAAGGAAGUAUAAUAGGAGAAAUUCCCUCCUGGAUUCGCGGAAGUCUCCUGAGAAAUGGACCAGGCCGUUUAAAAGUUGGAAAAUAUGAAUAUCAACAUAUUUUCGAUGGAUCGGCACUUUUACAUAGAUUUGCGAUAUUCGAUGGCCAAGUCACUUACCAAUGUAAGUUCUUAUUAUCGAACACGUAUAAGAAAAACCAGACUGCGAAUCGUAUUGUGGUCACAGAAUUCGCUACGAGCGCGGUACCGGACCCUUGCCAGACUAUUUUUGACAAAUUCUCAUCAGUAUUUGACCCAGCCAACCACAUGACGGACAAUGCUGUGAUAUCUAUUUAUCCGUUUGGUGAUGAAAUAUACGCACUCACGGAAGUGCCUUUACUUUAUAGAAUAGACCCAAUGACGUUAGAGACGAUGGAUAGACGUAAUCUGAUGGAUUCAGUUGUUAUCACACAUACUGCGCACCCGCAUAUAGCUAAUAAUGGGGAUGUAUACAACGUUGGUUUGCAGAUUGUGAAAGGCAGAAUAAAAAAUUUAAUAGUCAAAUUUCCAUAUAAGGAAAAAGGUGACAUGUUUGAGUCAGCAGAAAUUGUGGGAACGGUCACCACUCGAUGGUACAUUCAUCCCUGUUACAUGCAUUCAUUUGGAAUGUCGGAAAAUUACUUUGUUCUGAUCGAGCAACCCUUGGCCUUGUCAAUAUCGAAAUACUUAAAAUGUCAGAUAAAUGGCGACGCUUAUGUGUCUGCACUAAACUGGUAUUCUGAAUAUGAGACCCAUAUCGUAACAGUCAGUCGUAUUGACGGAACAGUGAAACGGUAUAGAACACCGACUGUCUUCUUCCUUCACGUGGUUAACUGCUUCGAACGAGAUGGGGAGUUGUUGCUUGACAUGUGUACAUACCAGGAUGCUAAGAUCAUUGAUGCUAUGUUUGUAGAUGCGAUUAAGGCAAGCCACAGCAACCUGGACUAUGCCAAGUGGUGUUCUACGAGGCCAAGGAGAUUUCACAUUCCCUUAAAUGCCCCAGAGAUGACCCUUGUGCAUUCAGAGGUUAUUGCUGACAUUGGCGUUGAGAUGCCCAGGAUUAACUAUGAUUUAUAUAAUGGCCGGCCGUAUAAUUAUUUUUAUGGAAAUAUAUCAGAUGUUUCAAGGGAGGAUGCUGGGGCGGUUGUGAAAGUAAAUAUUAGUACAGGGGAAGUAUUAACAUGGAAAGAAAGGUACAGUUACCCUAGUGAACCCGUUUUCAUACCUCGACCUGGUGCUGUCGACGAAGACGAUGGAGUGAUCUUAUCUGCCGUCUUAUGGAGUAACGAUGAAAACGCAGUUGAUCUACUUGUCCUGGACGCUCGGACGUUCAAGGAGUUGGGUCGUGCGAGAUUCCGAACACCAACACCUGCACCCAAGUGCCUGCAUGGAUGGUUCUUAUCGGACAGUAAAAUCACUACCUAAUAUCAAAUCAUAUGCUAUGAACAAAAAACCAUCGUCGCGACAGCCUAUUUCGUCUGGGUUUCAGAUUUCUGUUUGGUGAACUCUCCGGACAUAUGCCGUCAAAUUUUAGGUCUAAGUUGUAAGUACGAGCGAGUGUUAAAUGCGCACAUAGACAGAAAGUCCAUUGUUGCACAACCGGGGUUCGAACCUACUACCUAAGGGAUGAGACUCGCACGGGAUGAUACCUGGCUAACACUGCUUAAUUGUGUAUGAAACUAUAAUAAAAAAAUGUGUGUCCAUCCAUUACUGAAGAAAUAGUUCGCACAACUUAAACCUUUUAAAAACCGCCUGCAUUUUGUUGACCAUUUUAAGUUCAUAAUGAAUCAAUUUUCUUACUCACAGUAAAAAGUUAUUGCAAUGUAUGAUAAGACUAGAUUGUAAAGCUAUGAAACGUUCUACGUGAUUAUUUUUGUUUUUUUCUAUAUUAUAAUUUAAGAUAAUACUAUAAUUUUUAGAUAAAUUGGAAGUGAAUAUUCUAUGAAAUAAAUUCAUUAAAAAAAUA